AUGACGUCUACUAUACCGACAUUGGUCGCAAGGGCGACGGCCGAAUCGACAGGGACGAUCACGACGAUGCCCAUGUCAAGUAUCUUCACUGCUCCCGCCUCAUGCUCGAAAUCGUGGACAUUCGAGCCACAGGUUGCAAACAAUGUCCCAAAUGGUCUCUUAAUACAAAAUGCCGUCGUGAACGACAAUGCCGAUCCUGCGUGUUUCCCUUCCGGGUACAGUCAAUAUGGAAGAGUUCGAGCAACUAUCGCCUAUAGCCCAGGCUAUUGUCCAGGUGGAUACACCUCGGCCGAUUUAGUGAUUCACAAUCCGGCGACCACUGCCAUAUGCUGUCCCUCUAACUUCUCCUACUACGAGGAACCAAGGGACUCCACAACGACAUUCGCCGGAUGUCUAAGCAAUUUCCCUAGUUCAUCAUCUACAAUUGUCACCGUCCGCCAGGUCGACCAGGAGAGCACACAGGUCUCCGGCCCCGUCACGAUGUGGGCGCAAGCAAUCCAAAUCCAGCUGCAAGCUUCAGACAAAAGCCUAUUUGUCUCCGCAACUACGACUGAAUCGUCCGACACGAAAAUGUCAUCAGGCCAGACCAGCACAACCUCUUCAACACAGACCGGCCCAACCAUCCCAGCAGUACCAACAGUUCCUUCUGUCCCAGCUCUCUCGAACGAAGGCGCGACAGAGACAAGCGGUCUGUCAACAGGGGCAAGAAUUGGCGUUGGCGUCGGUGUCGGCGCAGCAGGACUCAUUAUAAUCGCCGCUCUAGCAUUUUGGUUAUUCCGCCGGCGCCAGAACAAAGGACAGAAGAAUCUGCCUGACACAUCAUCUUCAUUCGGAGGGAGUCACCCAGAAGCCAGCGAGCUUGGUGGGAGCACUCAAUUCGUUGCAAACCCGUCAUACCAACACCCAGAGCAUGGAGCACCAAGCGAGCUUGGUGGGAGCUCGCAGGCGGGAGCGUCUAGCAUUGUGGCGAACACGCGGACGACUGGUCCUUCUGAACUACAUGCGGGAGUUCCAGGCCCGAAGUUCGUACAUGAACUUGGUGCUUAG